CCCCUGUAACAAACCAUUCGUCGCAGGCACCGCAUUUCGAAUACACACAUACGUAUACUACAAUACAAAUAUACAAGAGAAAGUAUACGGGGGCACAGGAUUGCGGUGGAAUUUGGUUUGUUUUGAGGGGAGGAGGAUGGUUGAUGAUGGAUCGACGGACGGAGAAGGGGGAAGAGUCGUCGUAGGGUAGAGGAGGAGGAGGGAUGGAUCAAUCAGUACAAGCACCAACAGCAGCAGCCAGCCCAUCGAUCCUUUUGUAAGGGCACCCUCUUGCUUUUCUCUCUUUUUUUCUGUUCGUUGUAGGAGAGCCUGCCGUUCCCCGGCCCUCUCUUUCUUCCUCCCUUUGGACCCCCUUUCCAGUUGUCCACACUCCCAUCUUUUUCACCAUCUCUCCCAUCCAUCCACCGAUCCCCAACCCCAGCCGGCGUCCUCCCUCUCCGGACCUUCCCUACUUGUGCCAGGGCCUCUUUUCCAAUUUCAUCCUCUCCCUCCAAUUCUACUCCCCGGCCCUCUUUUCUCUCGCUCUCCCUCUCCGCCCACACCACACUCACUCGGUGUGCGUGUGUGAGAGAGAGGGGAGAUGAGCUAGGAGGAGGGGGAAGCUACAAACCGGAAUUAAUUGCCUAUAAUUCAGUACUUCUCCCAAUUGCUCUUCUAGCUCCUUCUUCCAUAUACAGUUUUCUACAAGCAACUGAAGGUUGCCGGAAAAUACUGCUCCUGUUUGUUUUCUUCCCAAAGAAGCGAGCUAGCGUUGUUCAAGGCGCAGAAGAGGCCAUCUUGGUCGGUGGUGGUGGUGCCGUGGCGGCAUCCAUGCAGCAGCACCAGGGUGGCGGGUCCCAGUACGGGGCGCCGCCGCCGCAGGACAUGGGGCCGUUCUCGACGGCGCCGCCGGCUCCCGGCCCGGUGCCGCUGAGCAGCCGGCCGCCCGCGCCGACGCAGCAGCAGCAGCCGACCUACGAGGAAUUGGCGGCCGCGUCCGGCGCGGGCGCUGGCAGCGGCGGCUUCCCCGACGACGACAUGCUCGGCGGCGACAACAGCGGCGGCGGUUUGGGCGCGAGCGGCGGCAACCGGUGGCCGCGGGAGGAGACGCUGGCUCUCAUCAGGAUCCGCUCCGAGAUGGACGCUACCUUCCGCGACGCCACCCUCAAGGGUCCCCUCUGGGAAGAGGUCUCCAGGAAGCUUGCGGAGUUGGGCUACAAGAGGAACGCCAAGAAGUGCAAGGAGAAGUUCGAGAACGUGCACAAGUACUACAAGCGCACCAAGGAAGGCCGCACCGGCAGGCAGGACGGCAAGAGCUACCGCUUCUUCUCUGAGCUCGAGGCGCUGCAUGCCACCACCACCGCGCAGCACCACCAGGAGCAGCAGCUGCCGCCGGUCAGCAGCGCCGCCGCCCCGCCGCAGCUGCAGCACGCCUUCGCGGCGCCCGCCGUAUCCGCGCCGCUGCCGAUGAGCACAAUGCCGCCGCCACCGGGGCCGAUCCAGCCGGCGCCCAUAUCUUCGGCGGCUCCGGCGGCACAUGUAGCGGAGCUCCACCAGGCACCACCGCCCCUCGGCCUGCAAGGCUUGAGCUUCCCGUCCAUGUCCGAGUCAGAGUCGGACGACGAGUCUGAGGAUGACGAGAUGACGGCGGAGACCGGCGGCGGCAGCGGCAGCCAGGAUGGCCUCGGCAAGCGCAAGCACGGCGGCAGCAAGAAGCUGAUGGCCUUCUUCGAGGGCCUCAUGAAGCAGGUCAUCCAGAGGCAAGAGGAGAUGCAGCGGCGGUUCCUGGAGACGAUGGAGAAGCGAGAGGCGGAGCGCAUGGCAAGGGAGGAGGCGUGGCGCAAGCAGGAGGUGGCCCGCCUGAACCGCGAGCAGGAGAUCCUCGCGCACGAGCGCGCCGCCGCCGCGUCCCGCGACGCGUCCAUCAUCGCCUUCCUCCAGCGCGUCGGCGCGGGGCAAGCCGUGCAAGUCCCCGCCCCCGUCGUCAUCCCGAUGCCCGCGCCGAUGCAGGUCCAGACCCCAAGGCAACCUCCUCGACAGCAGCUCCCUCCUCCGCCGCCGCCCGCACAGGCCACGGCGCCACCGCCGCAGCCCAUCCCAGCCGCGCCGCUCCAACAGCAACCGCCUCCACCACAGCCACAGCACAAGGAAACGACGAUGGCGCGCCAAGAGGCCGUGACAACGCCGCGCAGCGCGCCGACACCGACACCGACACCGGCUUCCGGGGGCACAUCACUGGCGCUGGUUCCCGUCUCUGAGCAGCAGGUUGAGAGUCAUGGUCUCGGAGGAGGAGGGGAUCAUGGCGGGGCCGCGUCGUCGUCGCGGUGGCCCAAGACGGAGGUGCACGCGCUGAUCCAGCUGCGGAUGGACAUGGACAACCGGUACCAGGAGAACGGGCCCAAGGGCCCGCUGUGGGAGGAGAUCUCGUCGGGGAUGCGGCGGCUGGGUUACAACAGGAACCCGAAGCGGUGCAAGGAGAAGUGGGAGAACAUCAACAAGUACUUCAAGAAGGUAAAGGAGAGCAACAAGAGGCGGCCCGAGGACUCCAAGACUUGCCCCUACUUCCACCAGCUCGAGGCCAUCUACCGCAAGAAGCACAACGGCGCCGGCGCCGCUGCCGCCGUGUCCGCCGCCAACGCCGCCGCCGUCGCGUCUGUCUGUGCUGUCACCACUGAUCAGCAGCAGUCCCUGAGCCUGAACCGGCACGAGAUCGAGGGCAAGAAGAUCAACGACAACGACAAGAGGAACAACGGAGGAGUUGGAGGAGCCACACAGACGCAGGUGCCGACCAGUAACGGCGAGACAACGCCGACGACGACCCCGCCGCUCGACUUCAGUGAGAAAAAGCCAGAAGACACUGUGAGGGAGCUGAGCGAGCAGCAGCAGCACCGGGAGUUCACGACGGACGAGACCGACAGUGACGACAUGGGCGAUGACUACACUGACGGCGAGGACGGCGAGGACGAUGGCAAAAUGCAGUACAGGAUACAGUUCCAGACGCCAAACCCCGUCGGCACUAACAAUGCACCUCCACCGGCAACGACCCAGACGACCGCCGUUCCGCCGACUUCGACUCCAUCGAGCUCCUUCCUCGCCAUGGUUCAGUAGGCGCCGCGCUUUCAGACAGACAAAAGCCUCGAAGCAUCAACAUCACCGACUCACCACUCCAUGCAUCACCCUCCUUGAGUCCAUCCAUCGUCACCAUCAGUCCAUCACAUCACAUCAUCACCAACGACGACUGUUCUUCUUCAUCAUGUAAUUCCUCUCGUGCCAUUCCAUUAUUUAUUGAUUCGUUCUGUGCAAUAAGAGUCUCUUCUGUCCCCUUAACCGGCCGGGGACGCAGAGGGGGUGGCCGGCCGGUAGAACAAGCGAUCAAGGUCCCUGGGUAACUUAUUUAUAUAGGUGUUCCGUGUUCAUCAUCCUGUUAUGAUCGAGAAUUGUACAUCGAUGUAAGAGUCCCUGAUGUCUUCUUAUUUUUUUCUCCUUUCCCUUAUGGUGACAACGGUAUACAAGUCUGUAUACAGGUAUACAACAAUUACAUAUACAUUUUCAAGCAACUUGGAACAAAGGUCCAGAAGGUGUUUUUGCCGUGGAGUU